AGAGUUAUAUAAAUACGCACGGAGACCCUACUCGUAGCUCAAUUGUAACGCUGCAGUCGGGAACAACCAACGAAUGACAGUUUGGCUUUCUCGAGGCAACGCGCGGCUAGAAGAAAACGCACCAGGAAACUUGUAAGCAGAAUAAAAGAUGACUAGUCCUACAGAACAGUCCGAAAACACCCCACAAAUAGCCCAGAUCUUACAGUUUCUUCAAGACCCAAUGGAAGUUCCCCAACUAUAUCUGUCAUAUUGUGGCGAGGCGCAGACUCCGCAGUAUGACCACGAGUACCAGCCCCCCUUCCACCACAAAGAAUACACCACCGUUAACAACACGCCGUAUGAUGACCCAGCAUACCACCCAGAAAAUGGUUCCGAUGGCAGCGAACUGGAAGACGAUGCAUCAGUGAUGUUCGACUACCCAAUCACCCAGGGCGGCCAAGUCUUCUGUCAGAACUGUGCGUACGGGCAAUAUCAUGGAUGCUCCUGCUACACCAACAGUGGCCCCGUUCCCCAUUACGAUUUGCCAAGGAACACAGACCCCGAGGAGGACUCCAACGACUCCAUCGAAAAGAAACUGCCCAGUAUAGACAUUUUCAAACGUGAUACCCGUGAAAUUAUCAGUUCCACAGACUCGCACAUUCACGAGACUGGCAAGCGAAAGCGAGGGGCUAAAAAUAUUCUACUGUGGAAGUUUUUAUUGGCCGAGCUCAGCGCCCCUAACCCGGUGUCUAUUAAGUGGGUUAACAAGAGCGAGGGGACCUUCCGGUUCAUGGACACGGUGGAGGUCAGCCGGAGGUGGGGGCAGAAAAAACAAAAGGCCGACAUGAACUUCGAAAAACUGAGCCGAGGGAUAAGACACUACUACAAGAACAAGUUUAUGACACGUAUAGACGGCGUCCGUCUUGUUUAUAAAUUCAACUGGUCCAAAAUCCCUAAAGAAUGGCGACCGUUUGGAGUAUGAGAAAAACCGGAAGUUUCUGGGUGUCCAUAAAAAACAAUCCGAGCCGGGAAAUGUGCACAAUAUGCGCUGACACAUUUUUUUCUGAACUGUCUCGAGUUCCGCAGAGGAGGACGAAGAAAUCUCAGCUGUCUGUUGUUCAAAGCUUGAAACCAUGGUGUGUUCAGACGUUUUUGCUAAAAACUCAACUUCCCAUCGUGUGUUCGAUUUUAUUUGUUUUUGUUUUGAAUCACAGCGAAUUUUAUCUUUAUUGACAUGUAUAUUUGACAUUUUGUUGUACAUAGAAAGACACUACGACUUGUUGAAGAUUGAUGUUUAAUAAAUAUAUUUAAAUGUUGAA